CUAAAAGGUGUUGUGAAUUUUAUCCAGUUCCAUCUCUGUCAGUUGCAGGAUGAUGAUACCUGGAUAUACCCAAACAUCCUGCUUUUCUAUCCAGAAGCGGCUUGUACUAUCUUAAAAUACAGGAUCCGAACACUUGAGGGAGCUCUACACAACGCACGGGAACAAGGAUACAAGGGUGCAAAGUUUCCCUGGGAGAGUGCAGCAACAGGCCGAGAGGUCUGCCCUGAGAAAAUUUAUGGAGACGAGGAGAUCCACAUCAAUGGAGAUGUGAUGCUGGCAUUCGAGCAAUAUUUGUGUAUCACUCAGGACUUGAAGCUCUUUCAGCAGGAAGGUGGCUGGGAUGUAGUCCAGGCUAUCGCUCAAUACUGGUGCAGCCGAGUUGUGUGGAACUCUGAGGAAGAAAACUAUCACAUUGUUGGUGUUAUGCCCCCAGAUGAAUAUCACCGUACUGUAGAUAACUCUGUCUAUACAAAUGCAGUUGCCCAGAGGAGUUUGAAAUUUGCAAUUGACUUGGGCUCCCAGUUGCAUUUUGUUGUGCCUGAAGAGUGGAAGGAGAUUAUGAAGAAACUUAAAGUGCCUUUGGAUAAGAGCAGAUGUUACCAUCCAGAAUAUGAUGGGUAUUGUCCAGGUGAGCCAGUGAAACAAGCUGAUGUUGUCUUGCUUGGGUUUCCCCUGAUGGACCCCAUGGACCCAGAAGUCAGAAGGAAUGAUCUUGAGAUCUAUGAACCUGUGACUGAUCCCCAGGGGCCAGCCAUGACUUGGAGCAUGUUUGCAAUUGGCUGGUUGGAGCUGAAGGAAGUCAAAAGAGCACAACAACAAAUGAGCAAAUGUUUCAGCAACAUCACCGAGCCAUUCAAGAUCUGGGUGGAAAACUCUGAUGGAUCAGGAGCUGUAAAUUUCUUGACUGGGAUGGGUGGAUUUCUGCAAGCCAUCUUCUUUGGAUAUGCUGGGUUCAGGUAUAAAUUAGGAGCGGUGAAGAAAUUUGUCACAGUUUUCUUCCUAGUCGAAAUCAUGUGAUGUACCAGAACAUGUUGUGUUGCAGAAUGAAUG